AUGAACAAGAAGAUUAUUAGAAGCAGAGAUGUUGUGAUUCUUGAAGACCAAUUGUUUGAUGAUGGUGAUAAUAUUAAGCAGCCAGAAACUUCUGUUUAUAUUCCUUGGAGUCUGGGUCCAGUUCCUUCACCUAUAGUUCAUGAUGAUCAUGGGGGAGAUGAACAAGAAGAUUGUAGUGAGAAUACCAGUGAUGAUACACCAACAGUUGAUGAUACUGAACCAACUAAACAAGCACCUCCACCACCAGUCAAUGUUAGGAGCCUUCUGUCGAGUGAGCUGGAUGACGAGGUGGUCGUGCCCUCGGGAAGGGAUGCUUGUUGGCGUUGGUCAGGCUCCGACCGAUUGACGGCUCGUCCUUGCGCAUUGGAUGGCGACCCUUGGGUUGAGACGCUUGCGGCUCGCGAGUGGUCAUUCGCUUGCAGAAAUGGCCCUCAUAGGGUGAUCCCCGACUUUGGCCCCUUCGAUGAGCAAGUGUUGAUGAUUUUAGUGCUGUGGACGGUGGUAACGACGGCGUACAUAGGGAUCGCUAAGGGCCAUCGCCACCAUCGGCGGGCAAGUGGUGCGACGGAGCUAGAAGCCUUGCACUUCGCGGCGGCGGGGGCAGGAGGAUGUCGGGCCCACGUGGCCAACCUGACGGACUUCGGCGGGGUGGGCGACGGGGUGACCUCCAACACGGCGGCCUUUGCAGCGGCCGUGGCCAACCUCAAUCCACUUGCAACCGAUGGAGGCACAGUGCUUUUCUUAGACAGAGGGCUAUGGAUUCAAGGAGCGUUCUCUCUAACCCGUUCUCUCUUUUGGAGGUUUCUUCAUAAUCGAUACCUUCUUCUUGGUUCACAAGAUAUCAACGAGUGGCCGAUCAUUGACCCUUUGCCCUCCUACGGUAGAGGAAGAGAUGCGGCUGGGGGUAGAUACAGUAAUCUCAUCAUGGGAUAUAACCUAACCGAUGUGGUCAUAACAGGGAAUAAUGGAACUAUCGAUGGACAAGGUGAAACCUGGUGGAAAAUGUUCCGUAACAAAGAACUCAAUUACACUCGUGGAUACCUCAUUGAAUUGAUGUACUGCAAACAAGUGCUGAUUUCCAACAUUACAUUGGUUAACUCUCCAUCGUGGAAUGUCCAUCCAGUGUACAGCAGCCACGUAAUCGUCUCAGGCAUCACAAUUCUUGCACCGGUCAACUCUCCCAACACUGAUGGGAUCGAUCCAGACUCAUCCUCCAAUGUCCGCAUUGAGGACUGCUACAUAGUCUCAGGCGAUGACUGCAUCGCCAUUAAAAGCGGUUGGGAUGAGUACGGGAUUGCAUUCAACAUGUCAAGCAAACACAUAGUGAUCAGACGGCUCACCUGCAUCUCCCCCACGAGCGCUGUCAUCGCCCUGGGAAGCGAGAUGUCGGGAGGAAUCCAAGAUGUCCGGGCCGAAGACAUCACGGCCAUCCACUCCGAAUCCGGCGUCAGGAUCAAGACGACCAUCGGAAGGGGAGCUUACGUGAAGGACAUAUUCGUGAGAAGAAUGAAUCUGCACACGAUGAAGUGGGUCUUCUGGAUGACGGGCACCUACGGGCAGCACCCGGACGACAAAUUUGAUCCGAAAGCCAUUCCGGUGGUGCAGAAUAUCAGUUACAGCAACGUGGUGGCCGAGAACGUGACCAUGGCCGCGAAGCUGGAGGGGAUUCCCGGCGCGCCCUUCACCGGAAUAUGCAUCUACAAUGUGACGGCGGAGGUGGUGAAGUCGAAGAAGCCGAUUUGGAACUGCACCGACGUGGAGGGCGUAUCGAGUCACGUGACGCCCACUCCCUGUGCGCAGAUUCCGGAAUAUCCAGAUCGUAUAACGCAUUGCCCCUUCCCUGAAGAUGAUCUACCUGUGAAUGGUGUUGGGCUAGAGGAGUGUGCUUAUCACAGAGCCAAGCCAUGA